AAAUAAAUAAAAGAAACGAAUUUGUUGCCAUUAAAUCAAACUGUUCGAUAUUGUUAGUGUAAUAAAGGCAUUAUUUAAAAAUUUCAAAACAAAUAGAAAAUAACAAAAAGCUUUGGAAAAAGGAAUUUCUUUUACUUGAUAUCCUUAAAUGGUUAUGAGUUCCUAGUACCACAAAAUCACACCUUGAAGCAAAAACUUUAGUUAUUUUUUUCGUUGAUUUAGAAAACAAAGCAGAAAUAUUUUCCUAUAAAAAAUGAAAUACUUUGGCGGAAUUGAGGGUGGUGCCACACAUUCGCGUUUGAUCAUCUGCUCGGAGGAUGGUGAGUGUGUUAUUACAACAACUGGACUGGGUACAAACCACUGGAUGGUUGGCAUUGCUGAAUGUGCCCGGCGCAUUGCCGACAUGAUAGAACGUGCGAAAACCGAUGCAAAUAUACCACAAGAGACACGUUUGACAAGUUUGGGUUUAAGUUUAAGUGGCUGCGAACAGGAAGCCACCAACUUUGAACUCGAAAUGGAAUUACGCACGUCAUUUCCUGAUAUAGCCGAUAAUUAUUAUGUGUGCAGCGAUACUAUGGGUAGUAUUUUUACUGCUUCCCCCAGUGGUGGUAUGGUUCUUAUAUCGGGCACAGGUUCCAAUGCCUUAUUAAAAAAUCCCGAUGGAACUUCGUUUAACUGUGGUGGUUGGGGUCAUUUCUUGGGAGAUGAGGGAAGUGCCUGGUAUAUUUCGCACCGUGCCAUGAAGCUGGUCUUCGAUGACAUGGAUAAUUUUUCCAAAGCCCCCUAUCCGGUCGAAGCUGUCUGGAAACUCAUACAAGAACACUUUAAUAUUAAGACUCGACUCGAUUUGUUGCCACACUGUUAUGCCAAAUUCGACAAACCAUUCUAUGCAAGUCUGUGCAAGAAACUCUCCCAUGCCGCCGAAGAAGGCGAUGAACUGUCGAAAUUUCUCUUUCGUGAGGCGGGCGCUCAUAUAGCCACUCAUAUAACUUCAUUGGCGCCAAAAGUUCACAACGAUUUGGUUAGAGAAGGCGAUUUAAAUGUUGUCUGCGUUGGUUCGGUGUGGCUAAGUUGGCCGCUUUUAGAGGACGGUUUCAUACAGGAGCUGAAAAAGGCUCAUUUACCGUUUGGCCUUAAGUUGAUACGUAUUACGAAAUGUAUGGCUUAUGGUGCCUGUUAUUUGGGAGCCGAUAGUAUUGAAUUUCCGUUGCCUCGUAAUUAUUUGAAUAAUUACAAAGUUAUGUAUCACUAUGGACAAUGUCAUACUAAUGGUAACAUUACUUCGAAUGGUAACCACCCAAAUUCAGUAGAAUAACACUGGACUAAAGGCAAAUCACAUGAUGAAGAUGCUACAAAACGUUCCAUUUUAUUUAGAAAUAUUUAAUGCAAACAUUUAAUGUUUUUUCCCUAUAAUCGAAAUCUUCCAUUUAUAUAUUAUUUUGUUUUAUAGUAGUAUUUUAUUUUAGUUAAACAAAAUUGUAAACAUUUAUAUUGGACGUAUUUAUACAUUUGUAUUUUUUACAAAAUAUACACAUAGAUUAUUGCAACAAUAAAAAAAGCCCCUAAACA